AUGGCUGCUACAAAUUAUCUCCCAGCUCGAGCUAAUCCCACAAUUGCUGAAGCUGGAGCGUUGCAGUGGGUUCUUCAGAUGGCUCAUAACCUUGAGAGUGAUUCUGUAAUCUUCGAAACUGACUCAAAAGGGGUAGUGGAUGCGUAUAUGGGUCGAAGAUUCAAUUCCCAUGUUGAACCAGUCCUUAGUGAUUGUAGACAGUUAGUUAGUACCUUUGAAGCUUUUGACCUCAAGUUCACUAGGAGAGGUGGAAACUCAGUAGCUCACACACUGGCAUCUAAGGCUUAUGAAUUCCCCAAUGCUGUUUGGUGGGAGAAUGUUCCCAGUUGGCUUGAUUAUAUGUUAUUAGCGGAUGUAUUUUCAAUUUCAAUUUGA